CGGUCCAAUUUUCACUUUCAAAGAUACACCAGAGUCGAAAAACAGAGAGUGGAAGCAAUCUUAAUUCCGUAUCAAAUUUGAAGCAAAUUAAUAUCCUUCAUCAUUUCUUUGAGCAAUCAACACGGAGGAAGAGACAUGAGACUGGACACGUAAGUAAUGAAAUAAAAAGACGGUCACGCAAAGCAACAAAUAUUUCAAAGAUGUUGUCGAAGAAUUUGGCAGUUUUAUUCUGGAGGAAAAGAACAGUAUCAGAAUGACCGAAAAUUUGUCGUUUUUACACCCCUACUGGCACAAUUUUGAAAAGGUUUCUUCUACGUAUCAUAUUACAACUGGAAUUAUGAUGGUGUUUGUAACUAUUGGAGCUGUCGCAGGAAACGGACUCGUCGUUUGGAGCUUCGUCAGUUUUCGCAGCCUUCGUACCUCUUCUAAUGUGUUUAUAAUCAAUCUGUCGAUUGCUAACUUGAUGAUGUCCUUGAUUGACUUCCCGCUUCUCAUCACUGCCAGCUUCAUCCAAGAUUGGCCAUUUGGAAAAACCGUUUGCGAUGUGUAUGCAACACUAACAGGUCUUUGUGGCUUGGUGACCAUUAAUUCACUGACCGUAAUAGCAGUAGACCGAUACCGUGCCAUAGUAAUGAGAGUCAACUCGGCAGAUCCAGCACCGAAAUGGAAAACAUACAAAGCCACGUUAGUGAUCUGGACGUAUGCAUUUAUUUGGGCUAUUAGUCCUGUCCUAGGAUGGAAUCGAUAUCAGCUCGAGGGUGUUCGGACAACAUGCACUUUUGAUUAUCUCACAAGGGACAAGAGUACAAUAAGUUUCAUAGUGGCCAUAGCAACAUGCGAAUUUAUCAUUCCAGUAAUUGUUAUAAUUCUGGCUUAUUUUAAAAUUGUGACAGCCAUGAUAGUUCGUCGUCGAAAUCUUUCUAUGUCAAGCAACUCUGAAAAUGCUUCACUUAAUAUUAGAAUGCAGCGUUACCGAGUGAGAGCGGAGAUUCGUACAGCAUUAAUUAUCAUUGGUUUAGUGUGUCUUUUCGUUGUUUCUUGGCUACCAUACACUGUGACUGCCAUGAUAGGACUGUUUGGAGACCAGAGCUUGAUAACUCCCUACCUGUCAUCUGUAGCUGGACUUGUAGCUAAAACAUCCACCGUUUUUAACCCCAUUGUGUAUGCCAUCAUUCACCCAAAAUUUAAAACAAAAAUUAAAACACUGAUAUAUCGACAAAGCUUUACUCAGACAGGAACACGAUCAAGAGUGAACAGCCGAAUUUCCUCGAAUAAAUAUUCAACGAGUGGAAAUUAUGACAGACAGUAAACUUUGUCUUACCUUAAAAAUUUAUA